UUCCAUCGUGCGCGAUACUCCUGCUUGUCCCUCUUUGUCCGGUGGCGAUAGAAGGCCAUGAUAAUUAUGGCAAAAUUUGCGUUUUUGAAUGAAUUAUAGUUGAAUGGUGGAUCAACAAGCAUACACCGUGCGAGGACCGGUUUGCUGGCAAUGACACACCAGAGAGUUUCAAUUUAAAGGACAGCAGAGCAAGCAACGGAGAAAGGUCAUAUUAGCUAAUGGCUGCCGAAUCGGGGAGACUACUGGCGGGACAAGGAAAACGAAGCAAAGCUUCACAGAUGAAGAGCCCAGAGAAGAAGAAGGCGAGGAAAUCCACCAACCAGGCGGCAGGGUUCUCCCACCUCACUGAGUUUGCACCCCCACCUACACCCAUGGUGGACCACCUGGUCGCCUCCAACCCCUUCGACGAUGACUUCGGCCCCCCAUCCCGACCUAGUGGGACAGGUGGACCAGGUGGUGCUCCAUUUCUACCCAGCCCAGGCGGAGGAGGUGGGUAUGGAGGUGGAGGCAGAAUGAGCGGAGGCAUGGGCUUCAUGGGAGGCCCAGGAGGACCAGGUGGCGGCCAACCUGGACGGAGGCCACCGUUUGGCCCUCCAUCCAAUGCUGGACCUCACCACCAGCUCGGCUUUGGAGGAAUGCCUGGCUUUGGAGGUGGUGGUGGGGGCGGCAGUGGGGGAGGAGGGGGAGGAUUUCCCCCUGGUGGCCCUUCUCAGUUCAAUAUGCCACCAAACUUCAGUCCACCCAUGCACCCCGGGCCAGGAUUCAAUCCCAUGUUGUCUCCAGGGGCUAUGGGAGGUCCCGGGGGAGGAGGGCCACCCCACCCUCGGUUUGGCAUGCCUCCACAGCAGCAGCACGGACAGGGUGGACACCCAUUCAACAGCCCACCGUUACCUGGUGGUGGAGGCCCCAGAGGGCCCCCACAUGGCCCCCUGCCUCCCAUGGGAGGAGGCAUGGGUCCUGGGAUGAACAUGAUGGGUGGCAUGGGUGGUGGCCCUGGAGGCAACAUGGUGGGAGGGUUACCAGGUAUGCCCCCUCAAGGACAGUUCCCUCCCUCACAGGAUGGCCCCUACCCUGGCCCCAGUCCGCCAGGGCCAGGCAACGAGGAUGGAAAAAACUUUGGUGGAGGAGGGGCUCCAUCUGGGCCUCAGCAGCAGCAACAGCAACAGCAGCAGCAGCAGCAGCAACAGCUUAACCUAAAUCCCAACGGCCCCCCUCCUAAUAAUACCACACCUGGGCCUCCUCCUAACUCUGGCCCACCACAGCCAGGAGGGGGCUUCCCUGGCCACCCUGACGUCCAGCAGACCAACGCCAAUACACCUGGUCAGCCUCCCUCAGCACCGCCACAGCCUAACCCCAACUCUUCUCCUACUGGUCCCCUGAAUGGGUCAGGCCAGCCUCAGCAUCCACCACCCAGUCAGCUACAACCCCCCAGCAAUGCAAACACCCCCAACUCUAACAACUCUACGCAGCAGCAGCAAUCCACUCCACCUAACUCUGCCCCUGGCUCCACCCCGUACAACCAGCAGAAUAACACUCCUGGUGCUGGUGGUCCCAUGCCAAAUGCGGCCCCCAAUUCAGGUCAGAACAGCAUGACCAACAACAACGGAAGCAACACUCCGGGCAGCAACCCCAAUCCCCCCUCUAACUCCACUUCGACCCCAAACACCCAGUCUCCCCUGCCCACUGGCCCUGCUGCCCCGUCGACUGGGCCUGGAAAACUCUGUGGCCCUGGGAUGGUCUUCCCUUGUGGCCUUUGUACGGCAGAGGUGCAUGACGAUCAGGACGCCAUCCUGUGCGAGGCGUCGUGCCAACGCUGGUUCCACCGUGACUGCACAGGCCUGACAGAGCCUGCGUACGGGCUGCUGACUCGAGAGAGCGCUGCUGUUUGGGCCUGUGACUUCUGCAUCAAGACCAAGGACAUCCAAGCUGUGUUUGUGCGCCAGGGAUUAGGCCAGCUGGUGGCAGCUAAUGAGAGUUGAGAAGUGGAUGAGAAAGGAGCAGUGUGGAGGUGCAUCACAUAAGGACAAAUGGAGACAUUCUUUGCUUUGAUCUAACUGGUGACCUGUGUGUCAUGUCAGCUAAUUGUCCAACUUUCUCUUGACUAGCCCUUUACUUGUUCACUACACAGAGAAACACCCUCAUUGACUUUCAUGCUUAUAUAUAGCACUUUGAGUGACUCUUGGUAAAUGAU